AAGCGCGGGGUUUUGGUUUCGUUUGGGGUUUUGGUUUCUGGGUUUUUGUGAUGGGUGAGAGAGUAAAGGUUACUUCUGGCAAUAUUCUCUGUACGAGGUCCUGACACUGCAACACUGCUUUCUCUGGGGCUUCGUGCUUUAACAUCCCCCAAUUCAAUUCAAUUCAAUUCAUUUUCUCUCCCUAAUCACAUCACGACUCCUUUUCACCAACUUUUAUCGUAGGAAGGAAAAUCGCGACCAUUUAUUGCCAACACCAACGCACAGUAAUCACUCCCUUACUCUACUCAGCAUUUGAUCUUUCCUGAUUUCCAUUUUCCAUUUGCCAUUUCACUAUCUUUCUGUUUUGAGUUCUCCAAGUACCAAGACCAAGACCAACACCCCUCCUCUCUUUCCCUCAAAACCCUAUUUCUCGGCAUUCUUUUAGCCGUUUCUUGGUUGGUCAGUCUCUCUUUUUCUUUAUUUUGGCAAUGUCUUGGUUCUUGCAAGGGAUCUCCUCUGCCUACUAGUCCUGGUUCAUCGACAAGCUGGCGGGAUCUCGAAAGCCGGAUAUUUUGAAGGUUAUGGGUUCUCCCUUGCUGUUUUCUCGUUUCAUGGAGAUUGCUGCUGAAGCCGUGGAUGAUUCUCAGGCUUCGUGACGCAAAUGCUGAAUCUUGGGCACGCCAAAAAUGCUGAUUUUCUUGACCUCCUGGUUCGUGCUUUUGCUUUCGUGAGUAAAGCUGUAGACUUGCUGGAAAACUGCUGGAUCUUAGGAGAUGCCGUUUUCUAGCGAUUGCCGAUCCAUUUAAAUGCGUAUUGAUCUGUCUUUUGGAGCUUGAUGGACCUAGGUUCAAAACGGUCGUUAGUAAUCAUAGUCUUCCUUUUGGAAGAUGGGUUAUGCCCCCUCUGUUACUUUCGUUUGUGAGAGAGAAUUUCCGUUUAUUUAACGUAGGUGCUGUUCGAAAAGCCAAAGCUUUUUUUGGUUAGAUAGUGGAGCUGAGGUAAGCUUUGCCUGCUGAUUUUUCCCAUCAGGUAGAUCUCUCAUUUCUCCUGGAAGGUCUGAUUCAAGUUGCAGAAGGAAAAAAGAAAGAGAAAAUGAGUCAUUCUUUCUAAUCUAAUAGAAUAUUAUUUCCGAAGGACAUAAGACUCGGUACUGGUAAGAACUGCAUUCAGCUAUUGCUUGAGGAUUCGAUCUGAUUCAACAUAAAAAAAGAGUCAGGAUGGAUUUUUUCAAAGUCAAGAAGCUCAGGAAAGCCUGCAAGCCUAUCUUGGAGCAGGACACUGAGGGGAAGUCCAUCCUGCCACAUGAGGAGCCAAACAAUGAAAAUGGCGUUGAUGAUUUUAGCAAGUCGGUCUCCACUGAUGGUGUUGCUGAUAUGGAGGAUGAAGACGACGACGACUUUAUUGCGAAUGAAGUGAAGAGACGAUUGAAAGAACUUAGGCGGAACAGUUUUCUGGUUUUGAUUCCUGAGGAGGACUCAUGCCCUGAGGAUGACGAGGAAGAGGGAGGAGAGGGUGAGACAAGCUCUAGUGAGUGGAGAGAUGUCGAAGCUGAAGGUCGACAAUGGUGGGGUGGAUUUGAUGCUUUUUAUGAAAAGUACUGUGAGGGGAUGCUGUUCUUUGAUCGAUUGAGUGCACAGCAGCUCAGCGAAGCCGUUCCACAGGUUCCCUUGACACCAUCACUGAGACUUGCAUCUAAGAAACUUACUUCUCCCCUUCGCUGCCUUUCUUUAAAGAAGAUUGAAGAGCCUGAUGAAGAAAUGGAGAAGCUGCAACAGUCGGGGGGUAAUCCUUAUGAUGAUCUAGAGACAGCUUAUCUAGCUCAAACAUGCUUAACAUGGGAGGCACUUCAUUGCCAAUACACUCAACUGUGCCAAAAGAUCUCUGGCCAGCCUGAAAAUAUGACAUGUUACAGCCGUAGUUCUCAACAGUUUCAACAAUUUCAUGUUCUACUCCAAAGGUUUAUUGAAAACGAACCUUUCGAACAGGGUCUUCGACCAGAAAUUUAUGCACGUGCAAGAAAAAGCUUGCCUAAACUUCUUCAGGUUCCAAAUAUUCAAGGCUCAGAGCAGAAAGCAGCGGAAGAAGACGGCUCAGAUAAAUUGGUUCUUGCACCAGAUCUCCUCAGAAUUAUGGAGAAUACCAUCCUCACUUUUCAUCUUUUCCUGAAAAUGGACAAGAAGACGUCCACUGGGGUUCUACAUUUGUUUGCAAAUCAGAACCAUUUUGCUAGCCCCCUACAGCAGGUCCAGUCAUCUCUUGAGAAGAAAGCUGUGAAAUUGAAGGAACUGCGCAGGAAGAGGAAAGGGUGGAAGAAGAAAUCAUGGCCUCAAACAGAUGAUGACGUUCAGCUGCUGUUUGCCCUCAUAGACACGAAAUUAUGUUCCAUGGUUCUUAAGAUGGAGAGGAUCGUCAAGGGACAAUUGUUCUGGUGCGAAGAAAAGAUAAAGAAACUGGAUUUGUCUGAUGGGAAGUUGCAUAGGGAUCCCUCUCCUAUCCUUUUUCCUUGUUGAAUGUCAUAGGAGAGAUUGUUUAGGUGAUUAGACUUGGUGUAGAGACAAAAAUACUCGAAAAGACUUUCCUCUAUUCUAAUGGGCAAUUCAGCAGCUGUCCGAACAGGCAUUGAUGGAUCUUAGAUUUAUGUUUGUAGUCAAUGCUGGUGCCCCGGUGGCUAUGAAUUGAAAUUUUGACCGAGUUCUGGGAAAA